CGGGCCGGGAUGCGGCGCUAGGUCGCCGGGCUUCCGGGCCGCGGGCCGCGGAGAUGCCCACGCACGUGAUUGCUGAGAGACCGAGUCAUCCUUUUGACAAACGAGUCAAUCCCGGCACUGGGCUGCGUGGAAAGUCGUCCGGACAGCGCUUCAUGAUGGAUUUCCUCUUGGCUUCUGCCCCGUGACUCUGCUUUCAAACCAGAGAUUCUCCGACCCAGCGAACAUGGCUUACCAGAAGUUGAGGCUGACCUAUGCGUGCCUGCUGUUGGUGGGAGCGCUGUGCUUGUAUUUCAGCAUGGCUCCUUAUAAAGAAGAGCCUUUCGUUUUCAAGAAAAAAUACGGGACGUUCCUUCAGCUCCCAGAUAUCGAUUGCAGGCAAGAUCCUCCCUUCCUUGUCCUGCUGGUGACUUCAUCCCACAAGCAGGUGGCCGCUCGCAUGGCCAUCCGGAAGACGUGGGGGGGAGAGAGGACAGUGAGCGGGAGGCGGGUGAGGACAUUCUUCCUCCUGGGGACCACGGCCAACCAGGACGAGAUGAGCGUGGUGGCCCAGGAGAGCCAGCAGCACGGCGACAUCAUCCAGAAGAACUUCAGGGAUGUCUACUUCAAUCUGACCCUCAAGACCAUGAUGGGCAUGGAGUGGGUCCACUACUUCUGUCCUCAGGUGGCUUUCGUGAUGAAGACGGACUCGGACAUGUUUGUGAACGUCCACUACCUGACCGAGCUACUCCUGAAGAAGAACAGGACAACGAGGUUUUUCACAGGCUUCCUGAAGCUCAACGAGUAUCCCAUCAGGAAGAAGUUCAAUAAGUGGUUUGUGAGUAAAUAUGAAUACCCCUGGGACAGGUACCCGCCCUUCUGCUCUGGCACCGGCUACGUCUUCUCCAGCGACGUGGCCAGCCAGGUGUACAACGUCUCCGAGAGCGUCCCCUUCAUUAAGCUUGAGGAUGUCUUUGUGGGGCUCUGCCUGGCAAAGCUGCAGAUCCGGCCCGAGGAGCUCCACUCCCAGCAGACGUUCUUCCCGGGGGGGUUACGCUUCUCCGUGUGCCGCUUUAGGAAGAUCGUGGCCUGCCAUUUCAUCACACCCAAGGAGCUGCUGAUCUACUGGCAUGUCCUGGAGACCUCCCAGGAAGACUGUCCCGAGGUCUGAGUGGAGCCCAGUGGCACGUGGGUCCAAGAUCUUGGAUGGCGCUGCUGAGAAUCCUCAGGGGUACAGACGGAGUGAGAAGGACGUAGGGAGCAGGACCCUGAGGACACUGUUCUCAGGGCUCCAGACCCAAACUAGAAUGAAUGUGCGCUUAAACCAAGCUGCCCCAGGCAACACCCGCCCCACCUCUGGAGCACUGGGCUCCGGCUGAGCACCUGGUCCCCUCCUGCAUUGGCUCAUUUCAGGGCUCAGCGUCCCUGGGGGGUGGUGGGCACUGUGCUUCCUAUUUUACAGAUAAGGAAACAGUAGCUACGGAGGUACAGCCGCUGUCCCAAGGUUUAUAGCCAGCCGAGGUUGACCAGGCGUGGAAGCUGAGCAGGAAUCUGGCUGGCAGCCCCCAGCGGGGUCCCUCUGUCCCUCGGGAGAGGGUGGUGUUGUAAAGGCUGAGGAAGGCCUGGCAGCUGCACCCCGGCUCCCUUUCCAGAGAGCCCCUCCACUCCUGGCCUGAUGCUUUCCAGUGCUGAGACAGACUCCAGUCUGUCUCCAGUUCCUUACGUCCCUGGGGAUGACGGAGCUGGGCCCUGAGUCCUCAUUAGCGUUGCGGUACUCAGCCCUGGGCACAUCCCCGAGGGUAGGCAUGCCUGCGUGGCUGCAGCCCUCGUCCAGCUUCAGGUGGCAACUGACUUGACGACUUCGUCGGUUAGACUCAGAAGCCGCUUCCAGGGUUGCCUGUUGCGACUGGCCACACUGCUGAUGUCCCCAGGGUUGUGAUGCCUGUCCCCAGCCUUCAGGGACACCUGGUCUCUUUGCUGCAGGUCAGUGGGACGAGCCAUAGCCCUGGAGUACUUUAGGGCACUGAGUUCAGACUGAAGGCCGCUGGGCAUGCUGGAUUCCAGGAACUUGCUGGGCAUUUGGCUAGACCACAGCAAGCCGCUUUCAAGGACCCCGUAUUUACAAAACACUAAGAUUGACCCUGGUCCCAGGGAGUCUCCCUGUGUCUACGUCCCCCAACCUGACCCCAGGUCAUCGUCACUGAAUUUAUCACAUGGCCAAGGACCCACUGAGUCCUGUGGUUUGGAAUUUAACCUCUUUUCUCUCCCCCAGAGGAUUGUGUGAGCCCAUUUUGCAGGGCUGCGUGAACAGAGGGCACUUCUCUGCUAGGACUGUGACCAUUUGGCCACUGCCAGUGAUACAGAGUGUCUUGCUCCUCAUUAAGGAACUGUGUGUUGUGGUUUUUUUUUUUUUUUUUUAACUCUUUACUUUACCAGGCUUCAUGCUACUGUGGAACUGGCCAAUGUCGGGCUGAGCUCUUGCUGGCCCUCAGGAAAGGCAAUGUGCUGCAAAGGUCUGGUGCCCAUUCUGCACGGCAUUUCUCGUGUCUGGCUCGUGCUGUGGCCUCGUGGAUGUUCUCCUCGUCCUGGCUGCUCUGAACGUGCGGGCGUGUUCAGAAGCGCCUCCGCCUCAGUGGGAACAUGAGGGGUGCAAUGGUUUCUGGAGCCCAGGUUUUGCCAUGAGCCUGGGCCCUUGGUUCCCGGGGACUGACUGCCUCUGAUUUGUCAGAUGAUGGUGCUUUGAAGUGAAGGACUGUCUGGCAGGAGGCCAGGGCCUGUGUCCAGUAUGGGUCUGUGGCCACUGGUCUCAGUGGGUGAUCUGAGGUUGGCGUGGAUGGUCUAGCACCAGCCUGAGCCCUUGGCAAAGGGACAGGUGAGGACAGGUGUGGGCUCCUUCCACAGCCUCCGUGUGUUCUUCAAGGAUCUUCUGCAAAACCUUGACUCCCACGGUAUUUCUUUAUUCCAUGAUCUAGAACUUGAGGGGACCUUAGUGCUCACCCAGCCCUCCUCCUCACUUAUGUAGGAUGAGAGAAGCUCAGAGGGACCCAGAGGCUGCUCACGGCUCCCAAGCUGUGGAAUGCAGGCUCCUGCUGUUUGGGUCCCAGGACCUGAGAGGAGGACCCCGUGAAAGCGUGGAUGGGGGCAGAGAGUCUGUGCUUUCCCAGUGACACCCAGUGGGACUGGAGAGGGGUGGGUGGCCGCACAGUGGCUUCACUCACGGGCAUCAGAGAGGAGUGGUCUCGAGAGCAGACGCGGUGUGCUCUGCCUCAUCUGAAUGCUCACGACCACUGCCCGGGCAGCUGGCCGCCAGGGUCCGUGGUUUGUAGAUGAGGAGUAGCCAGAAAGUAUCAGAAACAGGACGGGAUCCGGAGCCCUGGGGCCACUGUGUGAGUCACAGCACUGCCCUGGGCCUCCCAGGCUGUCAGCUGGCCCCUCCCACAGUCCUGGGGCUGGCUGGAGCUCACCCAUUGACUGCUCCACCUGCGCUCCUGGGGACCCUUCUCAGACUCCUCCGGCCACCACGUGUCACCCACCAGAUCCUGGAGAGCCGCGGGGCUCCAGCGGCCUCUGCUUUUGGACUCAAGUCCCAGCUGGUCUCAUCUGGAGGCUGGGCCUCCUGCUCUGGACCUCACUCUCCUCCCCUCCAGCCACCUCCCCUCUGUGGGAUCACCCCCUGGGCACACAGACCAGCUGCCCCUCCCCGUCUAACAGCAGCAAAGCAGCAUGCCACCGCCCCCACCCCCAGCUGCAGGCUUUGAGCUCCUCCAGGGUCCUCCUGAAAUCCCCCCAUCAGAUCACAGCCCCCUCGCCCCACAGCUUUGGCCUUGCUGGGGCAGGUCUCAGUCCUCCUCUGACAGGGCCUGGCCGGGAGUGGUCACUUCCUGGACAGUUCUAGGAACCAGCGUCCAGGACGCCUCCUGGCCUUGGCUCCUGGCCUUGCCAGUUCCAUCUCUUCUGCCCGUUCUUCCUUUUGCCCUGGCGUCCGGGCUGCAGUCUGUGGGCUCAGCCCAGCUGCCCUGUCCUUGGGGAGACCCAGUCCUCGGGGCCUCGUCCUGUGUUCUAAAUGUCCUCGCUGUGUUGGCGGCACCUCGCUUGUCCCCAGCGGGUCCCCUCUGGUCUUCCAUCUCUCAUGUCCCCUGUCUACAUACUUUUACAUGGUGAGCACAGCCACCCCAGCCCCUCCCCGCUGCCUUCCCUGUCUCAGCGAGUGGACACUCUCUCAGUGGCCACUCCGUCCUUCCCGUGGCUCCAGGCAAAAGUCUUGCAGGUGUUGCUGGGCUGCAAGGCUGCUGCCUCUGCCCUCACCCCGGGUCCACCUGGUGCCCCUCACCACUGCCACCCUUGCUCACCCGCCACCUCUCACCUGCAGUCCUGCAGUGGCCUCCCGCCUGGACCCUCAGCCUCCCUCACUGCAUCGCCUUAGUCUGUCCCCGGAGUGAGUCUCCAGAAGUGUGGAGCAGAGAAUGUGCUAUGACUUGACUGUGUCCCCGAGUUCUUGUGUUGGAAACUGAAUCCCCAAUGCAGUGUGUUAGGAGGCGGGGCCUGUUGGGGGCGGGGCCUAACCGAGGCACUCAGGUGUGGAAAGCUCCGCCCUCAUGAGUGCACUAGUGUGGUUAUUGCAGGACUAGGUUGUUACGAAAAUGAGUUGCCCCCCUCCCUUGCUUGCUGGCUCUCCCCUCCUCUAGCUCUUCCACCUUCCACUGUGAGAUGAUGCAGCACAGAGGCCCUCUCCAGAUGCUGGAUCCUGCUCGUGGACUUUGCAACUUCCAGAACUGUGAGCCAAACAUACUUCUUUUCUUAUUAAGUUUUCCACUUUCAGGUGUUAUGUGAUAGUAACACAAAAUGGAAUCUCACUUCUUUGCUCAGAGACCCCAGUGGCUUUCCGUCUCCCAGUGAAAGCCACAUUCUUCGUACCGUCAUCUGCCUCUGUUGUUCCCUUACAGUCUCCCCUCACUCACUCUGGCUGUUCCCUGACCAGCAGUACUGCUCCGGCCGCAGCGGUCUCUGUGCCCUUUCUUGAACAUCCACCUCGCGGUCUUUGCAGACUGUUCCCUCUGCCAGGAAAACUCUUUCCUCAGAUAUUCUCAUGGCUCACUCCUUUCCCCCUCAAAUCAGAUGCUACCUUCUCAACGAGGACUACCCCGACCUCCUUAUAAGAAAUCGCCGCUCUCUCCGCGCGCAUCCCUCCGUGCCCUGGUCUGACGGGGCAGUACUGUGUGUGACGGACGACGAGCCUCCGGUGUUUAUCGAUCACGUUCACUUGACGUGGGUGUGAGCUUCGUGGUCUCUGCUUUCCCCGCGGACACACACUGAGUUCUUGGCGGGUUCUAGCUCGGGGUAGACGAUAACAAGUUUUGUUGAGUGGAACCAGAUUGACCUUCAUGGACGGUGCUUAGAGGAAGAGGUGACCCUGGACUGGAGGAGUGGAGUCUCCAAGACACGAAUGCACUGGGUUCCAGCUGAGUCCGUGAGUGCGUGUGUGUUACCGUCCCCCCAACCAAAGACAGGGACCUGCUCUACGGCAGCGCCCCCUGACCUCUGUGAGGGGCAGCCUCAGGUGGCAAGGCAGACAGGGCGCGUGGCCUGGGGGCCCGACUUCAGCCCCACGGGCCGCCACCUUGCCUCAGCCACGCCCGCCUUCCUCUCCUUGAUGAUUUUAGCAAUCGGCCCCUUUUCCUCAGCCCGUGGACUCUUAGUUCCUGAGGACAAUGACCCAGAACCACGGCCCUGGGGCCCCCGGAUUCUCCAGCCUUCCUGUGCGGGAUGUGUGGGCCCCAGGUCACCCUCCCUGUGUGCUUAGAUGCCGUCAACUGGAAUGAGCGAGGAAGCCCUUCCCAGGGCAGGGGGCGUUGCUGAGCUUCUUGAGGAGGGAGCCGUUGAGAUCCGGCCUCUUCCCCUUAUUUUUUGCAUGGAAAGCCUGGGUUUUGGGAGCUGGUGCCUCAAUUCUGUGCCCAGUGGCAGUGGAGGAGAGUGGACCUCCUGACCCUCAUCUUGGCACAGAGGACACCUUGCUAUACAGCUUAUGAGAAAAUUCACUCCCGCUCGUCUGAAAACACACUGCGGUAGCCGUACACCCCGCUGGGUAAAGAGGAGCGAGAAUCCAAGACCGCAGACACUCGCAGGUCCCCCCGAGUCUUGCCCCCAGUUCAGACGUUAGCCUCAGGUCUCCUGGCUCCCAGUAGGGAGGUGCCAGAGGGCCACCCCUACAGCCAGACUCCAGGCCUCCUCCCCCAGGCCCCGGCUUGCCCAGCUCUGGGUCUCAGGAAAGGUCUUCAACCUCCACCUGUCCACUCGGCCUGGCCAUCCUUGCACCGUGCCGCCCCCAUCUUGCCUCUGCCCACGUCUGAUGUUGCCAGUUCUGCAGGUUUGGCCUCUUCUCCUUGUUGGCCCUAGAACUUUGUCUAGGCCACCAUCUUGGUUCAGCUGAACUCAGGCCACCUCCUCCUGACCCGUCUCACAGGCCCUCCUUCCAGAGUGAUCGUGUGUGUGUGCACGUGUGUGCCGGUGUGGUCGUGCCGGGCUCUGCCACUGAGCCUCAUCCCCGGCUCCAGAGCACUUUUCAGAAACGGCAGGUCUAAUGACAAAGCCCAGAUGUCCCGAGGGCAGAGCCUCCUGGCCUGGAGUCAGUGAAUGUGAAGGCCACACACCUGCAGGCUGCAGGGAGUGACGUGUGGCAAGAGCAGCAGCUGUCCCUGCUUCGGACGUCACUGCCCAUUUGAUGAACUUCGCGGUGACCUCUGUCUGCAGUUACCUUCGCCACGCCACCUAUGAGCGGCCUCAGAGGCGAGCCCCAGCUCCUGCUGGGUGUCCACCUCUGCCCCAGCUGUGCCAAAAGCCUGGCCCGGAGCUGAAUUGAGCUUCUAAGCAAAAUUAUUUAAUUCUCAAAAGUUUUUGAUUCCUUUGAGUAUGGUCAUUUUUGUACAAAAAAAUAGGCACACGCGUACUUUGGCUUUUAAAGUAAUGUAUUAAAUUUUUUUCCCCCUCAAGUUUCAGACUUCAGCUAAGAAAAGGAAAAUACAAAGGGACUCUGGGUUUAGCAAGAAUAAUGUGCGUUAAUAUACUUGUGUGCACGGAGCCAACCUCAGUCGGAAUGAGUGAAAUAGACCAUGGAAAGGGCAGCUGUUGGGUAUUUAGAAUUUAGUCUGAGGCUCCAGCAUGACGCUGGGGGACCCUUAAUCCCCAGGACCGUGUUGUCUGGAGCAGUCUGCAAGUUCUGUGGGAUCGCUCCCUGGGUCUGCAUUUUAGCUUUCUUACCUACUUGCCUUGGUUUUCUCAUUUGAAAAAUGGUUCCUACCUCCAGGGAUACUUGUGUGGGUUAAACGAGAUGGAAGAGACAUUGCUCAGCAUGCCAUAGUAAGGUGCUCAGUAGAUGUAGGUGCUUGGGAUCAUUGUCAGUGCUUAGGCUGUGCCUUGGGGUGGGCGGUAUGGUGGUGUAAAUAGUGUUCUCGGUGGUGUGCACCACCAGGCAUGCUGACCUGUGUGCAAACCAAGAUUUCUGCAGAGUGCCCUUAGGCCCUUGCUCCUUCCCUUCCUUUGAAUCCUUCCUGCAACUCUUGGAGGAGUUCUUCUGUCCUUGACAUUCUUCGAAGUCACACAGCACUGUGUUCUGGACGUGAGUUCAGAACAUGUGAAAAUCUGACCAAAGCAAAGAUGGGAGGGGAGGGUGUCUUAGAAAUCAUGUGCCGUGUCCAAAACCAACCCCAGUAAACCUUCUUUCAUAGAUGAGGAAACCGAGGCUCAGAAAAAUGGAGUGACUUUGCCAAGUCCUCCAGCGAGUGGACCAUCCAGGGCUGGAACUUGGCAUCAGAAACCCCGGCAGCCAUUCACUUUUAUUUAUCCAUUUCUUGGGCAGAUUCGCUCGGUGCUUUGACAGGAGGUCAUGAGUGAGGGUCAAGCUGAGGGUCAGGGCUGUGGGUUUUCCAAAAGAGCUUCCACCAAGCGAAUGCGCCGUGUUCAGAGGAUGCUGGGCUGCUGUUCCUCGACAGCUGGACGAGCAGGCAUCUGCUCAUUGCCUUUUCUGUGGACAGAUGUGGUCCACUGUGUCCACACUGCUGUCUCAUUGAAGACCUCUGUGGCCAGUGCAGGUGGCUAUUCUGAUUUUAACCAAGCCUUGGUCUGCAGAGCAGUUGGGUUUAGUGGGACUUGGUAACUGGCCCAGUGGCUGUUGGUCUUCAUGUGUGGCCUCCGUGAGCAGCCUCACAGGGUGUGGUUGGCACGUCUCCCCAUGGCAUGCCUCCCCCGGAAGCUCAGGGCUGGUCACCCGAGGAGCUGCCAUCUUGUCCCUCGUCCUGGUUGCUGCCAGAUGUUGACCAGAGUGUCAUUCUCCUCUUUCCUGGUCCUCUCCAACCUAAGGAUUGGCCCUGGGUCAUGUGUGGCUUUCCAAGAGCCCUCCUGUUUUGCUGGGUCCCCUCCCCGUCCUGUCCUGGCUAGCUGGUCACUGGAGUUUCCCUCCGUCAGCUGGAACAAGUGUCCGGCUUCAGAACACAAACCCCUUCCAUCUGUCCUCCUGCUUAACAGGACGCUCAGCUCCAGGUGUCCGCCUGUGUGUGUGUAUGUGUGUGUGUGUGUGUGUGUGUAGGGGGAGAAAGCGAAAUCUGGGGAUCUAUGUAUGUAGUGCACCAGGCUGUUGGGUUGUUCAGGAGUGGGGAGCAGGUGCCCCCCGUUUUCUCAGCUGUCAGGGUGAUCUGUGGCAUUUGAGAGGUCUCCCCUGUCCUCACCUUUGCACAGUGACGUGCACACUCAUUACACAAGGACGGCACACCAGGCCUGGAGCCGUGGAAGCCUGAACUGCAGGAACUGCUCGGAGUCCGUGUCAGAGCCUUCCCAAGCUCGACCUUGGGGCUGUUUGGAGUGAGAGUGAGAUAAGGUGAGGCCGACCCAGCGUCCUCCUGAGCCUGGGUGGUUUCCAUAAGCAGAGACGUGCAGGGAGUGCUCUUAGCGUCCCCUCCCUUACCGCUCAGCCCACAGUUGCCAUAGGAAAGAACGGCGGGCCUCGGUGGCUCUCCCGGACGCUCCACACUGGGUCCCUGGCUCCGAGGUGGAUUAAAUAAUCAACAAGCCCAAGGAUGCACUAUCACAGCCGCCGUGCAUCCUUUUAGAUAGAUGAGAUGCUGGUUGUGUUUUCUCGUGUCUCCCAUUAGGAAGGACCUCUUCCCAUCAUGGACAUAUUAAGAAUGGGUUUCAGCAGGAUGGACGUGUUGGCCAUUUCCGAGGCUGUCUCUCUGGAAAUGGGGAGUUCUUGUGGCCUUACUCCUCUCUCUGUCCUGGCUCCUGGCUCGGGCCUGGUGGAGGGGAGGUACUUGUACUGAUCUCUUGGUCCUCAGGGGACUUCCCAAAGGAGGUAUCUGAGCACCAGCGAGGUAGUGCCCUGGCGUUAGAGUGCUGGACUGGACGUGGGUGCCAAGGUCCCUGCAGACACCUGAUCCUGAGGCCUGUAGUUGAUUGCUGAUAUCUGUUUAUGUUCUCCAAGACUCAGACACCUGCUGUGAACUCAGGAAAGAUCCCCCUGGGCUGAAGUGUAUUUAAAAUGAACCGGUAUGUCUCUGGGGCACGAAAGGUCCCCUGUUGUGUUGGGAGUGAGGAUGGAAGGAACCCUACCUCGUGGCUGCUGGGAAGUUACACCUGAGUCUAUCUACUUUCCUGCUUUUGAAGUUUGAUUCCAGAAGGGGCCCCGGGCGCUCUGAGAUUGACCCUGAAGGCCAAGGGUGAGCCAGGCUGCCUUUGGCAUGGCGAAGAGCCAGAGGGCUGGGCGAGCUCACACAAUGGGGAAGACAAAUGCCUCUGACCAAAAACUAGCUUUUAAUUAAUUAACAUAUCCCCCACUUAUCAGGCGUAAUCCCUUCUAAGCAGAGUAGAGGGCGGGGCCACAGCUCAGUGGUAGAACACCUGCCUCCCUAGAGCGAGGGCCUGGUUCCAGCCCCAGCACUAUCCAUCCAUCCACCCAUACAUGCACACUACACGUACAUACAUGCUAUGCAUACAUACAUACAUACAUGCGUACAGGUAGGAAGGACCCAUUCCACAGGCCAAUAUAACUUUUUGUGCCAUACAUUUGGUCCUUAGUGCCCAGGUGUGUGCCCCGGCCUCAAGUGCUCAUACUCAGUCCACCACUGAGGGCUGCCCCUGCCGUCAUAUCGUGGGACCCCAUCCAUGUUCCUACCUUGGUCAAGACCUCAGUGCCUGAGGCAUGCAGGCUUCUGAUGAUCAGCCAUGUGAUGUCAACACCACUCGAAAAUGCACCUGGCAAGUCCAUGUGAAGCCCGAUGACCCCAGGAUCCAGUCCCUUGGUGCCCAAAGAGGCAGACCAAGGAAGUAGCGCCAGCCUUGGUCACAGUCUGCCCUGAGGACAGCCAGCUGGGGGAGAGGUGGUUUGUUUUACUUGGUCCAAUACGACAUCAAGAAAAUCCACAGUGAUUCGAAAGGUCACUAAGGCUGUCGCUCAGUGGUAGAGCGCUUGCCUAGCAUGUGUGAGGCACUGGGUUUGAUUCUCGGCACUGCAUAUAAAUAAGGGUCCAAAUAAGUAACACCAACUUUGUUUUAAAAAAAAAUAAAAGGGGCUGGGGAUGUGGCUCAAGCGGUAGCGCGCUCGCCUGGCAUGCGUGCAGCUCGGGUUCGAGCCUCAGCACCACAUACAAACAAAGAUGUUGUGUCCGCCGAAAACUAAAAAAUAAAUAUUAAAAAUUCUCUCUCUCUCUCUUUAAAAAAAAAAAAAAGAUGUCAUUAAAGGGUAAUCGAGGACCCUUUGUGGUCAAAUUUUGCUUUUUCUAAAUGAUUUGAAAUUCAAUUUAUAUGUCACUGAGGGGUAUUUGAAACUGUCAUCUCCUGAAUAUUAGGAGAAUCUACCAGACCUUAUGACGUCACAUUUUGGGAGUGGUAUGUGUGUUUAUUUAUGACUUGUCAAAAUGGUGUUUAUCGUUAAUAAAGGUUAUUAGCUUAGCGUAAUGACUUGGAUGGCUCUAAGCUGUAGAUAGAGAUGAUAAACUUGGGCUCUUUCUGAAAAGCCAGUGGUGUCUGGUCUACACUGGACCAUCUUUUUUUUUUGAAAAAAUCUUUUCUCAUAUGAAUGUUUUCUAUAUUUAUUUUGUGUUUGGAAAAAUAUUUUUGAAAUUUGAAAGGUCUAUUGAGCAACUUUGCCAUGCUCCCCCUCGUAAGAGUUGGGGAGCCCUUGUCUCCCCUGGAUUUUGGAAGGCCCACAUCUGGGGGAGUGGAGAGGGCCAGGGCUGGAAUCACAGAUCUGGGCCCUGAGGCAGGCAGACUUUGGAAUUUUUUUCUCUCAGGUAUAUUUUUCUAUCAUUUCUAUCAGUUUGUGAAUUCUAUGAUUAUACCUUUGGAGUCUGCAAGGGUCACGGUGAGGUGCAGAUGGACUCCUGAUGUUUCCAAGUGUCAUUUAAAAGGAAAUAAAAUGACGAAAGCAGGUGCGUUUUUCUUUGGCGUUCGUUAGCAAGUUUGUUACAGUUUCUGCCAUACCGGGUGGAGAUCCCUGUCCUGCGGGUCCCUGUCACUGACACUGUGCAUCC